AUGCCUGCCCAAUGCAAUGGGCAAGACAUAUAUGAUGCGUCGCGAGACGAGAUCCGCAUCGUACAGUAUUCCUCCUCCUUCAGUGUAUUCCGUCGUAGAAUGGCGGGUAGCGUUGACGAUGGCGGGGCCAGCCCCACGCUGAGCAAUUACAACAGCCUCAUCGCGAUUGGCGUACCAACCGCACUACUACUUACAUACCUAACCCGCGUCGCACUGCAAUGGUACCGUCUAUCGCACAUCCCCGGACCCUUUUGGGCAUCAAUCUCUACCUACUGGAUCAUAUCGAAAUCGCUCAGAGGACAAUUGCCUUUCGCGACGAAAGAACUAACCGACAAAUAUGGCCCGCUGGUACGCGUCAGUCCAACCGAUCUGGUCACCAGCGAUCCAGAUAUCGUGCGCAGAACAACGGCAGUGCGGUCUGAAUACACACGGGGGCCAUGGUACGAUGCGAUGAAGCUGGAGCCUGGACGCGACAAUCUCUUUUCGAUGCGCGACGAGGCGGCGCAUUUGAAGUUGAGGAAUAAGAUGGCUCCUGGCUACUCUGGGAAGGAGAAUGAGUCUAUGGAAGGCACUGUUGAUGAACAGGUAGCCGCUUUCAUCGAUUUAAUCGAGACGAAGUAUAUCUCGACCGCGACUGAAUACCGGCCUAUGGAUUUAGCGCUCAAAACGCAGUACUUCACCCUAGACGUCAUCAGCGCACUGGCAUUCGGGAAGCCGAUGGGGUAUCUGAAGCAAGACGUUGAUCUACACGAUUACAUCAAGAUCACGACGACAUACGUCCCCGUCAUGAUGGCGCUUUCGUACGUACCUUGGCUGGCGAAUCUGUUACACUCGCGCCUGUUGAGAGGUGUGCUUCCCAAAGAGAGCGACAAGCUCGGCUUCGGGGCCUUCAUCAACGUGGCAAGGAAAGCGGUUGCGGAAAGAUUUGCAUCCGAGGAGUCCAAGCCAAAGUCCGACAUGCUCGGAUCUUUUAUUCGUCAUGGUCUCACGCCGGAAGAAGCAUCGAGCGAGGCGCUCCUGCAGAUUAUCGCUGGUAGCGAUACUUCGGCGUCUACAAUUCGCGCUGUGAUGCUGCAUACGCUGGCCAAUGCGUCUUCUUAUAGAAGACUGCAAGCGGAGAUCGACGACGGUAUCGCUGCUGGGACGAUUUCUUCGCCUAUUACGGAUGCUGAGGCGCGACAGCUACCGUACCUUCAGGCUACUAUCAAAGAGGGCCUGCGCAUUCUGCCUCCAGCCAGUGGGUCGAACUUCAAAGCCGUUCCUGCAGGCGGUGAUAUCCUUGCCGGCAAAUUCAUUCCUGCAGGCACGCAAAUUGGGUCUUCCUAUCUCAGCAUCCAGCACUCUACAGAUAUCUUCGGUCCAGAUGCUGAGCUCUUCAGGCCAGAACGCUGGCUGGAUGCUUCGGAAGAUCCUGCACGUCUUGCGCACAUGGCCAGUACCGUGGACCUAGUCUUUCACUACGGAAAAUACAAGUGCUUGGGCCAGAACGUCGCGUUGAUGGAAUUCAACAAAGUUUUUGUCGAGCUACUGAGGCGCUUCGAUUUCUCGAUCGUACAUCCGCACGAAGCGGCGAAGAUAUACAAUGCCGGGAUGUGGAUUAUGGAGGACUUUUCGGUCAGGGUCACACGGCGUGCAGUCUGA